UGCUCCAACACAACUUCACAGCGUUCACUCACUUUGCAGAAUCUUAGAUUUGUUCUAGCGUUUGCGUUUACAAUGGCGGCCACGUCUGCGAUUCAGAAAACCGCGUUUGCAGGGCAAACGGCCCUUAACCAGUCCAACGAGUUCCUCCGCAAGGUCGGCGUUUCCAGCGGCGGCCGCGUUACCAUGCGCCGUACCGUCAAGAGUGCUCCUCAAAGCAUUUGGUACGGACCGGACCGCCCAAAGUACUUGGGACCCUUUUCCGAGAACACACCGUCGUACCUAACGGGAGAAUAUCCCGGAGAUUACGGCUGGGACACGGCUGGGCUCUCGGCAGAUCCCGAGACCUUCGCCAAGAACCGCGAGCUAGAAGUAAUCCACUGCAGAUGGGCAAUGCUCGGAGCCCUAGGCUGUGUCUUCCCUGAGAUCCUCUCCAAGAACGGAGUCAAGUUCGGAGAAGCCGUGUGGUUCAAGGCAGGUUCUCAGAUCUUCUCGGAAGGAGGCCUUGAUUACCUCGGAAACCCUAACCUAAUCCAUGCCCAGAGCAUUCUAGCCAUCUGGGCAUGCCAGGUCGUGCUUAUGGGCUUCGUCGAAGGCUACCGAGUUGGAGGUGGCCCUCUGGGCGAAGGGCUCGACCCCCUUUACCCGGGAGGAGCCUUCGAUCCGCUGAACCUGGCAGAGGACCCCGAGGCUUUCGCUGAAUUGAAAGUGAAAGAGAUCAAGAACGGCCGGCUUGCCAUGUUCUCCAUGUUCGGAUUCUUUGUUCAGGCCAUCGUCACGGGUAAAGGACCCAUCGAGAACUUGUAUGAUCAUGUCGCUGAUCCUGUCGCCAACAAUGCUUGGGCUUAUGCUACAAACUUUGUUCCCGGCAAAUGAACUGAACCGUCAUGAUCUCUUAAAGCUUAACUGUAUUGUCCCCAUGAAGUGUUGUUGACGGUGUUUUAUGUUAUUGUACUUUGCUAUAUAUAUGAGUACUCGCUGUGGAGUUCCUUUCCUCA